AUGGAAGACAUGGUUACAAUCCAAAAGAACGGUGAUAUACCCGCAUUCGUCCGCGUUACCACUCAAUGGCAUGGUCUCAUGUCAUUUCCUGAAACCAUACUACGUAUAUCCAUAUUGAUAAAUUUUAUCUGUUUUGGUCUUGUAAACGGCCAAAUUUACAAUGUACUCAAAUUUGGUGCUGAAGGAGAUGGUCAAACCGAUGAUUCAAAUGCUUUUUUACAAGCAUGGAACGCUACAUGUGGUGGAGAAGAAAACAUAAAUACACUUUUUAUUCCCUCUGGAAAAACAUAUUUACUUCAACCUAUUGAGUUCAAAGGUCCUUGUAAAUCUACCUCCAUAAAACUUCAGUUGGAUGGUAUCAUUGUCGCACCUAGCAACAUCACAUCAUGGUCCAACCCCAAAUCUCAAACGUGGAUUAGUUUUUCAGGUGUGCCUGGUCUAAUGAUUGAUGGUUCAGGAACGAUAAAUGGUCGUGGUUCUUCCUUUUGGGAGGCACUACAUAUAUGCAAUUGUAAUAAUCUCACGAUAAACGGGAUAACUUCGAUUGAUAGUCCAAAAAGUCAUAUAUCAAUCAAAAAUUGCCAUUAUGUUGCAAUAUCGAAAAUAAAUAUUUUGGCACCUGAGAAUAGUCCCAACACAGAUGGUAUUGAUAUAAGUUACUCGACGAAUGUCAAUAUAUUUGACUCUACAAUUCAAACUGGAGAUGAUUGCAUAGCAAUCAACACUGGAAGUUCCAGUAUCAACAUCACACAAGUGAAUUGUGGACCUGGUCAUGGAAUAAGUGUGGGAAGUCUUGGAGCUGAUGGAGAAAAUGCAGCAGUUAGUGAUGUUUACGUGACUCAGUGUACUUUUAAUAAAACGACGAAUGGAGCUAGAAUUAAGACAUGGCAGGGUGGACAAGGUUAUGCAAGAAACAUAAGUUUUGAGAAUAUCACACUCAUUAACGUACAAAAUCCAAUUAUAAUUGACCAACAAUAUACUGAUAAAGUACUUCUUGAUGCCACUAAGGAUUCAGCGGUGGCAAUUAGCAGUGUAAAAUAUGUUGGUUUUCAAGGAACAACACUUAACGAAGAUGCUAUAAUGCUUAAAUGUAGUGCCAUCACAUAUUGUAAAGACAUGGUCAUAGAUGAUAUUGAAGUUACCAUGGAAAAUGGAGAAAAACCUAAAGUUGAAUGUGAAAAUGUUGAAGGAGAAUCCAGUGACAAUGAUUUGAUGCGCGAGUGCUUUAAUAGUAAUAGUACUUUCAGUGGCGGAUCUGUAGGUGGCUUUGGCUGGGUUUACGAAUGUCCAUGUGUAAGGAUGGGUGGUCCUAAUUGGCGUUUCUCCUCUCGGAUCUCAAGGACUUUCCUUGAUCCUUCGUCUUUUCAUGUUCAUUGA